AGUAUUCAUGGCAAUGAAAUCUGAAGGGUCCCUCCAUCCAGCCUGGUCCUGCAGUCAUGACAGUUGAUGUCGUUGUCGUACUCGAACGUGUCCUACCUACUACUAAGUGAGUGAGUGAGUGAGUGAGUGAUUAACUAACUGACUGACUGAGUGCUUCACUAGUGUCCAGUCGUUGCAUAUUUCGACCGCAUACAGAAGAUUAAAGCCAGGAAAGUUUUCAAUAACUUUGACUCGUUGUCAACACAUUUCAAAUUCCUUGUGCUUCACUGAUGUCUGUUGUUCCCGGAUUGAAACACAACCGCCAUCGCUACCACCACCAUUACCACCUUCAGUGACGGGAAAAACGGCACUGUGCAAUAGCGACGAAGGCAAAAUGAACAUCGCUGACCAAGAGGACGAAAGUUUGAAGGCCGUCUUUGAGAUAUGUGAGCCAAGACCCUUGGAUCGGAAGAUCUCUUUGAAACGACUUCAGAGCCUCUUUGAGGAGCAUGCUCAUAUGCCUUCAUCAGAAUUCAUGGAUGAUGAUGGGAGUAAUCAAUGGAUUUCAUUUGAUGAAUUCCGUGACGGCAUCACCAACUUUGUUGACAAAAUAUCCUCUCAAGUCCAAGAAGAACAAAAUUGGGAGAGUCGCGGAGAGGUCAUCCAAAAAUCAGGCGAAGAGGACCAUUUUUCGAGCUUAGAGACCAGCAAUCGUCUUCCAAGCAACAAACACCAUUUGACAAACCAAGAUUUGUUACUCAUCCCAGAUCUCGUCGGUGACAUAUCCAAUUUGGAAGGGAAUUCAAAUUAUCAGCCCUCAACUAUCAAACCGAGCUCACUGCAAAAUAUUCCCUUACUUACACAAGGAUCGUCGUUAGGGAGAUCAACUGAACCCUUAAAAGAGGCCAGUCCAGAAGCACAGCUCAGAGAUUUUUUCGGGUCACCCAUUACCAAUUCGUCCAUAACCAACUCCAUGACCGACAUGUCAGAGGCCUUGGAGCAUUCCUCAUCGUCCCAAUCCACGGUCAUGAACAGUCCAGAGCGAAUGGCCACUUUCAGUCCUCAAAGCGAGCAUGGCAGUCAGUCGCCCGUGAUGAGUCUCACGGAUUCUGCCCUGGGCGGUUCCACCAGUCCAGAUGUCCAAAUCAAAUCCAAUUGCAGCUCUCUAUCGGAUCGGGACGAGGAGAACUUCGAAAGCUACGGCGAGAACGACAAUGUCGAGUUCGAUGACAGUGAGCUCGUGGAUUUUGACGAGAUUGACUCAAGUCGAGUGGAGAAAAGUUCGCCCGUUUUCAAACGCAAUAUCGGUAGGCGACACUCAUGGAUGCGAACCAGCCUCAGAAGGACACCCAGCGCCAGUACCACAGAACAUUUGGUGCCUCCAAAACGAUGGGGAUCUUUUCGGCAUCCCAAAAGGGUUGGAUCCAACGCCCUAGCCAGCGCUCUCUACCAUAACGGCUCAACUAGCUUCAAUUCGUCCGGACGAAGCUCUAACUGUGAUGAAGGCGAUAUUCAAUCUGACAUCUCACUGGAGGACGAUGUGAACGAUCUAAAUCAAAAGGUCCAAAUGCUUCAAGAGCAAGUAGGACACCUAGCGGAAAGCCAGGCCACGACGGAUGACAAAUACUCUAAAGUUAAACAAGACAAUACCUCACUAAUAGCCAGAAUUCACAUGCUGGAGGAAAACAUCCGCGAGUUGGAGCUUCGCUCCGACGAGCGACUCGACGAGGAACAAAAGCGGAACAAAGAGCUUCUGGCUCGAUUGGAGAGGGAAAAGCACCUCGAGAUUGAAAACCACACCCUCAGACUACAAACACUAGAGAAGGAAAAUGGUAAACUCCAUCAAGAGACCGCCAACCUGAGGUCAACAUUGGAAAAGAUCAAAUUGGAGAAGCGCACCACCGAGGACUACCUCCUGGACGCUCAGAAUAGCCUGACUCAGCUUCAAGAUGAACAUAAUGGUGUCCUCGAAGCCCGGAAGAGGGAUCAAGACGCUUUCGAAGUAGAACGGGGCCAGAGCAAGCACUUGAUAAACGAACUGACCAAAGAGGUUGAAAUUCUUAGCACCAGAACCAGUCAUCAUGUGGGCGUGGUGAACGGAAAAGGCGGUCAGAUCAUCGAGGAUGACCCCCUGGAGGUGAUGCCCUCUCGGAUCAAAGAAUUGGAGAGCGAAAUUCGCAACCUGAGGGAAGACAGACGCCACCUGGAGGAGAAAAACGAGGAACUAAUGGGACAGAUACUGAACAAAGGCUUAGAAGAAGGGAAAUCCAUUUUAAUCUCAACGGAUGCAUCGAAGCCUUCCAUUGAUCACGAGAUCCAAGAAAUGUCAGAUAAUCAGGAUCUUUCGUCUACAAAACUCGAACUAGCUCAGAUUCGAACUGCUCUCAAAGAGCAAAAGGACGUGAAUUUCCAAUUGCGAAAUUACAUCGACGGUAUCCUCAUGAACAUCAUCGAGAAGUAUCCCGAGUUGCUGGAAGUGCGAAAAUAACCUGGAUUAAUUCCAAGUCCCUUGACGAUCACAACAGAUUUUUGCCAUAUGAAGCCAACAUGAGGGCGAGCUGACUGACUCGAUGCUAACAACCAUCCCACCAACUUAAUAACAAUAAUGAAGACGUACUACAACUAUGAAUGUCAUUCACCUGUGAUAAUCACCCCAAUUGAAUUCUCCCCUCCCCCCUCUUUACCUUCUUGUCUGUCAUUUUUCGAGCACUCCCAUUUCCCAUUCCCUGGAUUGGAUUAAACCCAACCUACCAAUGUUCAUUUUCCAGAAUCCUUAUUUACACUGUAGCUCCCGUUUGAUGCAGUAUGGUGAUGUAACGCCAUAGAUGUCGAGGGGAAGGGGAAAUCAUCUAAAUAUUGUGAAAUCGUCGACAGACAAGAAAAGUUACUAUUGAACGAUUAAUUAAUAAACCAUUCAUUCUGACAGAUGAACUCAG